AAGAAGCCGGAUUCCAAACGUAUCGAUCCUUCACUCCCUCGUUGCCACUCCAUCCCGUCUCUUACUUUAUUUUCCCUUUCCCUUCUCUUUUCCUUCUUUCUGUUCUCCCUCUAAUCUCCUCCCUUUCUUUCUCCAAUAUCACCCCCUUUACAAUUAACCUCUCCUCUCUCUUGUUAUUGGGUUCUCACACGGAGAGAGAGAUUAGAUAGAUAGAGAGAGAUGGCGGACUGGGCGCCGGUGUUGGUGGGGGUGGUGCUGUUCGUGCUGCUGUCGCCGGGGUUGCUGUUCGAGCUCCCGGGAACACACCGGGCGGUGGACUUGGGGGGAUUCCACACCAACGGGAAGGCCGUCGCCGUCCACACUCUCAUCUUCUUCGCCGUCUUCACCAUCAUCAUCCUCGCCCUCCACCUCCACAUCUACACCGGGUGAUGAUGAUCUACUUAGGCUUAGAUACUUGCUCACUACUUUAAUCUUAGCUUUCCAUGGCCAUGUGAGCACCACCGUUGUUACUGUUGUUGCUGUUGUUGUGAUGAAUGAAGAGAAGAACACUCUAAUUUUAUCCUUGUCCUCUUUCUUUUGAUCCAUUUCUACCACAAGUGCAAGGGAGGUUUUUUGUGUCUGUUUAUGAUGUUCCGCCGGAACGUGGAAACAGAGGCAUGUCCUUUUCUUUGCUGGUUGGAUGGAUCUUUAUUUAUUAUAUAUGCCAUUCAUCCAUCAUUCCAC